UCCAUGGGGCGAGGUAGAGAUUGAGGGUCGCGGGAAGGGAGGUUUUGUGACUGUGGAACGGCCACUGACGGCGGGUCUUGGCGGCGACGAGCGAAACCAACCGGGCGUUCCUCGGUGACAUGGUUGACACAGUGGGGUUCGACGGGGGAGUCCAGCGCGAAGUGGAGUGAGCAUGGGUCUGCGGACACUAAUUUGGGUGAUCGCUGUCUUCCUUUUGACGGCUGUUAAGUCCCGAAACUUUAUUCAGACAACAGACCAGUGCCAGCUGGCCCAAGACGACCGGGUACUGCCGAUGUUGCAUCCUUACCUCUGCAACGCUGGGCAAGCAGCGCCAUGUGCCGCACAACCAAGACGACCGGAAUGCGAGCGCCGAGCUGCCAGUGCUCAGCUCGCAACAGCUGCGGGUCUCCGGGUGGGGCAUCUCGGGUCCGUGUCGGCUGAGGUCCGCUCCUCGCUCCGCUGUCGCAUUCUUGUGCUGUUUGCUCCUGCUGCCUGGCGACGGCCAUGCGUUUCAAGAACCAGGGAAACGGGGAGUCUUGUCAGCUUUGGACCCCAAAACGCGAAACGAUCGAUUUCCCCCUGCACCUGCACCCGCACACCGACGCCACUCUGUGGCUGUCGCUGCUGUGUCUCCCAAUUGCUCUCGUCUGCGGGGACGCUAACGCCCUUCUACCAGUUUGUCGGGACUGGCUGGGGGGUAAGAAGGGCAUUUUGGUGCGCCUGAAGUCGCUUUUCGGCGCUAAGAUCAGCGAACAAGCAU